AUGAAGCCAGUUAUCUCUCUUGCCGCUCUCACAGGCACUUUGGCACUUGCGCAAAAAACUCGUCUAUACUCCGAAUGGCUGGCCUCCUCUUUUCUCUCUCGCCAAGCCAACAUAAACUCCGGCUAUGGUCCCGCUGUGCUAUGGGAAGGUAUCGCCCGCGCCGGCGAGAAGGUAGCAGCUAACGGCGGGUGUAAGACUCUCCUCAACGCAGCUGAGGCCAAGGUAUCCUCCUUAGUGAGCGAUAAUGGUACGCUUGAUGGAUGGGAUCCGGAGUGGUAUUCCCUUGACGACCUGCGUAUCGGCAACAACCUGUUGUACUUUUACCAGCGUAACAACGACACGAAGCUCAAAAUUGCUGCCGAUGGGCUUCGGCAGCAGCUGAACCGUUGGCCUCGAACCCCAAGCGGUGGGUUCUGGCACCGUGCGCCCAUCUACGAGGACCAGAUGUGGUUGGACGGCAUUUACAUGGCAGAUACGUUCUAUGCCACGUAUGUUCACUUGUUUGAGCCGGACAACACAACUGCAUGGGACGAGAUCAUUCUGCAGUUCGAUCUCAUUGAGGAGCACACCCGAAACCACACGAGUAACCUCCUUGUUCACGGUUACGACGAGGCCAAGGACGCUAUUUGGGCCGACCCGGUAACCGGUGCCAGCCCUCUUGUGUGGAACCGUGCUGUUGGUUGGUAUUUCAUGGCACUCAUCGACACUCUGCAGAUCUACCCACAGACUCACCCUGGAUAUGAUCGUCUGUUGGAGUACUUUGUGACGUUGGCCGAUGGGCUGGCGUGUAGCCAGGACGAGAAAGGCGGUUGGUGGCUAAUUAUGAAUGAAGGGUACGAAACUCGCAAAGGAAACUACAUCGAGUCGAGCGCCACGGCCAUGUUCUCCUACGGCCUUCUCCGGGGUGUGAGAGACGGGUUGCUCGAUGCGAAAUACAAGGAGGUUGGUCUGAAGGCGUACGAUUUGUUGACUUCUGAUUUUAUCCGAGACGACAAGAAUGGGACAAUCAGCUUCCUGGGCACCGUGCAGGUUGGCAGCUUGAACUCAAACGCAAGCUUUGAGUACUACGUUAGCAUCCCGCUUGUCGAGAACGAUACCAGAGGCUUAGGAUCCUUCCUGUUUGCAGCGAUUGAGGAGGAGCUCUCUUAG